GAGCGCAGAUUUCUGAUGGUUGCACCACGCCACCUCAUUCCCUUCGUUACGAGGCUAUGGACUCGGAAGCUAGGUGAUCGCGACGGGAAGCUUUCACUGUCAAUACGAGACGUUCCGGUUGCGGACAGAGCUUCGCUGGAAGGAUAUUGAGCCAGUCUUCAAGUUUGGUUUGGGUUUUCCGGGGCUGCUAGCAGUCGAAAAAUGCGUCUUUGGAUGUUUGACCUGCUCACUGGUGAAGUCGGAAGGCCAUGUUCAUCCCAUUGCAGAUCCGGCAAGGUCAGCCAGGUUGGCACAUCGAUCAAGCCACAACCUCAAAGUCCAACCCCACACACAAGCCCUGCGCUGAAUUGCGCAUCGUCUUCUCACCACUAUUCCGGAAUGGGCAGUGAGGGGUCGAGCAGUAAUAACUGUUCAGCAGCUUCAGUCGGUGAAGGAGUCUCGGUACCUCAGCGCGAGUCACGAGACCGGUCUGCAGAUGAGCGGGAAAACGCGGCGGCGCUGAUCCAGCGCAAUUAUCGCGGAUACAGAGAGCGACGACAGAUGAGGGGCAUAGGAUUGUCGCCGGCAACGCGGUGGAGUGAGGCCAUCAAGGAGCUGAAUUAUCGCGAGAAAACCAGGCCAACGUCGCGGCAGCAGGAUCUCGCGAGCGGAGACGAGCGUGCGCGGGCAAGGCAAAACUGGCAGCGUAUUAGUGCCAUCGCUGGCCGUGCAGGUGCGGACGACAGCGAUGACGAGACGGAGGGCGAGGAGGGCAUGUCGCCGGAGGAUGUGCAGGCGUACAGGCGGAGGAAGAGCGAGGCGAGGGCGGAACGAGAAAAGACGGCUAAACAAAUGGACUUGCAGUACUGGCUGGAACUCGUGGACGAGAAGCACAGAUACGGCUCGCACUUGCGAGCUUACCACCAAGAGUGGCUGAAGUCCGACACCCACGAGAACUUCUUCUACUGGCUUGACCACGGCUCGGGAAAGCAUCUGGAUUUGCCGCUCGUGUCGAGAGAAAAGCUUGAAUCCAACAGAGUUCGCUAUCUUUCUCGGGAAGAACGCCAGAACUACCUGGUCAAGAUUGACAAGGAAGGUCGCUUAUGCUGGGCGCGAAACGGAAUGAGGAUCACCACGUCAACGGCGUAUAAGGAUAGCGUGGAUGGCAUUGUCCCCAAAGACGACACGGAGCACAAGCCUUGGGCGCUGCCGGUAGAAGAACCGGGUUCAUUCACCAGUGACGAGUCGUCAACAAUAUCGACCGGACACCUUGAUCAUACCGAAGGCCAGCACUAUGUCAAUCACGACCUGAAGAACGCCAGGGGCAUCCGCAAGCUCAAACACGUCUCGGCCGCCACUAUUCUCAACCAGCUGUUGCAGAAAUCCGUGAAGCCGAACUCGUGGAUAUUCGUCGCCGACACGUCGUUCCGCUUGUAUGUGGGCAUCAAGCAGUCGGGAACAUUUCAGCAUAGCUCAUUCCUGCGGGGAUCGAGAAUCUCGGCUGCUGGUCUGAUCAAGAUCAAAGACGGCCAGCUGCGAAAGCUUUCGCCGCUGAGCGGGCACUACAGACCGCCCACCAGAAAUUUCCGUCAGUUUGUGCAUUCUUUGAAGGAUGCUGGGGUCGACAUGUCACACGUCUCAAUAUCUCGAUCGUACGCGAUCCUGGUAGGGCUUGAGAUGUACGUUCGCACGCGCAAGAAGAUCAAGCACGGGCUCCACCACGUAGAGAAGGAGAAGGAGAAGGUUCUACAUCCGGAGGAUGCAAAAAAGCGAGAAGAAGCACUUCAAGACAAGAGCCAAAGCGCUGCCAAAGAGAGAAAAGCGUUGAAAGAAGAGGAAGAGCAGCAGAAGGAGCAUAAGAGAAAGAACAGUUUGUCCUUCAGGAUUAUGAACAAGCUAAGGUCACGAACGUCAAGCAGUGCGAGUUUGGAGAAAGAGGUGGAAGUACCCGAAGGUUCGUCAGGAACUGAUGCUUCGGCACCACGCAGCGUGAAGCACGAGGAUCCAGAAAGUGGAAUUCCACCAGAAGGCAAGCGAUAAGGCGAGAAGCCUGCCAGCAACGAUUGAACUUGACUUACGAAUUAUGAAUUCACAUAUAUUACAUGAUGAUGUAGAUAGCGUCCGAUGUAUCAUGACGAAUAAUAUCCGUUGUUCUCGCAAGA